AUGGGCAACAACCAGCCAGGACGAGUCCCCAAGGCAGGAGAAGCCGGCAAAAAAGCCCUUCCUGAGCUCCCAGGACGGGAGACCCAGGUCUCCGUGACAGGUGAUCGAGUGGUGGGCCUGGACUCUGCAGAGCGAGUCUCGCCCAGCCUCGCCUCGCCGGAGCUUCGCCUCAACAGCAUCAAGAAGCUGUCCACCAUUGCCCUGGCCCUCGGGGUGGAAAGGACCCGCAGCGAGCUCCUGCCCUUCCUCACAGACACCAUCUACGAUGAGGAUGAGGUCCUCUUGGCCCUGGCCGAGCAGCUGGGGGCCUUCACCACCCUGGUGGGCGGCCCCGAGUACGUGCACUGCCUGCUGCCGCCCCUGGAGUCGCUGGCCACAGUGGAAGAGACAGUGGUGCGGGACAAGGCCGUGGAGUCCCUGCGGGCCAUCUCGCACGAGCACUCGCCCUCCGACCUCGAGGCCCACUUCGUGCCGCUGGUGAAGCGGCUGGCGGGCGGCGACUGGUUCACCUCCCGCACGUCGGCCUGCGGCCUCUUCUCUGUCUGCUACCCCCGCGUGUCCAGUGCUGUCAAGGCCGAGCUGCGACAGUACUUCCGGAACCUGUGCUCAGAUGACACCCCCAUGGUGCGGCGGGCCGCAGCCUCCAAGCUGGGGGAGUUCGCCAAGGUGCUGGAGCUGGACAACGUCAAGAGCGAGAUCAUCCCCAUGUUCUCCAACCUGGCCUCCGACGAGCAGGACUCAGUGCGGCUGCUGGCAGUGGAGGCAUGCGUGAACAUCGCCCAGCUCCUGCCCCAGGAGGACCUGGAGGCCCUGGUGAUGCCCACCUUGCGCCAGGCUGCAGAGGACAAGUCCUGGCGCGUCCGAUACAUGGUGGCCGACAAGUUCACAGAGCUCCAGAAAGCAGUGGGGCCCGAGAUCACCAAAACAGACCUGGUCCCCGCCUUCCAGAACCUGAUGAAGGACUGUGAGGCCGAGGUGAGGGCCGCAGCCUCCCACAAGGUCAAAGAAUUCUGUGAAAACCUCUCAGCCGACUGUCGGGAGAAUGUGAUCAUGACCCAGAUCUUGCCCUGCAUCAAGGAGCUGGUGUCAGAUGCCAACCAGCACGUCAAGUCAGCCCUGGCAUCGGUCAUCAUGGGCCUCUCCCCCAUCCUGGGCAAGGACAACACCAUCGAGCACCUGCUGCCCCUCUUCCUGGCUCAGCUGAAGGACGAGUGCCCGGAGGUGCGGCUCAACAUCAUCUCCAACCUGGACUGCGUGAACGAGGUGAUCGGCAUCCGGCAGCUGUCGCAGUCGCUGCUCCCCGCCAUAGUGGAGCUGGCCGAGGACGCCAAGUGGCGGGUGCGGCUGGCCAUCAUCGAGUACAUGCCCCUGCUGGCCGGUCAGCUGGGGGUGGAGUUCUUUGAUGAGAAGCUCAACUCCUUGUGCAUGGCCUGGCUGGUGGAUCAUGUCUACGCCAUCCGCGAGGCGGCCACCAGCAACCUGAAGAAGCUGGUGGAGAAGUUUGGGAAGGAGUGGGCCCACGCCACUAUCAUCCCCAAAGUCUUGGCCAUGUCUGGGGACCCCAACUACCUGCAUCGCAUGACCACACUCUUCUGCAUCAACGUGCUCUCCGAGGUCUGCGGGCAGGACAUCACCACCAAGCACAUGCUGCCCACUGUCCUGCGAAUGGCCGGGGACCCUGUCGCCAACGUCCGCUUUAACGUGGCCAAGUCCCUGCAGAAGAUCGGGCCCAUCCUGGACAACAGCACGCUGCAGAGUGAAGUCAAGCCCAUCCUAGAGAAGCUGACCCAGGACCAGGACGUGGACGUCAAGUACUUUGCCCAGGAGGCUCUGACUGUUCUGUCUCUUGCCUGAUGUUGAAGCGGAGCUGCUGCCGCCGCCACCCACCGCGUCCGCCCCUCCGGGAGACGGGGCUUGGCUGUCACUCCCGGUGCAUGGUCUGACCAGGCCCCCGCACGGUUCCUCCUCCAGCCUUACCACCCACCUCCCUGGGGCUGGGCACUCGGCGCCACAGGGCAGACCCCGGGGGGACAGGCCCCACCGCAUCUGGGCGGGGGCGGAGUGUGAGCUCGGGUCACUGAUCCUGCUGCUGUCGUGGACCCCUCCCCUCAACUUCUCGUCCUCCCUAGCCCCCGCUCAGUGGUUUUUUUUUGUGUCAACUGUGUCGUUUUUAUUUUAUUCCUUCCCGCCCCCAUUUUCACAGAGAAAUAAAGGUCUAGAAACAGCU